AUGAGGAACAAUGGAGACAACUUCAUCAUUCUUCUUAUAUAUGUUGAUGAUGUUAUCUUGGAUGGUAAUAAUCUGGUUGAGAUGGAGACUCUUAAAGUUCAAUUGAAUAAUAAAUUUCAGCUUAAAGAUCUUGGAAAUCUCAAGUAUUUCCUUAGGUUAGAAGUUGCUAGAUCUCCUAAGGGAAUCAUUAUAUCACAAAGGCAUUAUGCCUUGCAAAUGUUAGAGGAUCUUGGCCAUUUGGGGUGUAAGCUAGUGAGUACUCCUAUGGAAGCCAACCUGAAACUAUGUCAAGAUGAAGAAGACAUAAUGGCUAAUCCUAAACCUUAUAGAAGGAAUAUUGGAAAGCUGCAAUAUUUGACCAUUACAAGACCGGAUAUAUCCUUCUCGAUCAACAAAUUAAGCCAAUCCCUGGUUACUCCCUAA